UCAACUUGCAUGUGUGGUUUGAAUGUGCAAGCAUUUGUGUGUGGUGUGUUCUGGAGUUUGGGAAUGUGUUCUGUGUUAUUUUUGUUUCAGUAGGUAUUUGUGAUAAUAGAUCUUGAGAAGAUCUUUCCGACGCAACGAGAAUCCCUUCAAUCGGAGCAAGAACGCGAAAGCUAUGAAGAUUCAAAGUUCAUAAGCUCGCGUUACAAUUGCGGCGGUUACUAAGUGAAGUUGUGGGGUGAAUUUAUAUGGAGUUGGGACCUUUGGGGUUGGGGAAACUUGUCACUCUACUGUAACAGCUGCAAAUAGGUUGGGAACAACCAAGCUAGGUUGGCAAGGGUGGCCAACUUGGAUGGAUUGGUUGGGAAGGGACAAAGGUCAAAGUUGAGGUUCCUAUAGGGAGGGAAUCUUUGUGCUUAUGGGGUUUCCUUGGUAGGGGACUCUCUUGGGACCUUCCCUCUCAUCUCUCUCUUCUAUCCCAACCUUUCUCUUGCUCCUUCUAAUUCCUUGUGAGAUUCUUGAACUUUGAUUGAACUUUUGAGAUUGAGUUAAGUUCUCCUCCUACAGCUUACCCCCUAAUGCGUCGAAAGCCAUAGCGUCGCGAAUACUUCAUUAAUCAACGUGAUUCAAAUUGGGAACGGUAGCUGAGAUUAAGAGCUACAACAUAUCCGAGUUUUGCGACAUUCCAACGGCUAGGUUUUCGUCAACGUCGUUUCUUGUGAAGACGACUUUUCUGUCCAGAAUUUCGGAUUUAUAUUUUGAGUAAUUCUAGUUCCUAAGUUCACCUAGACUCCGUCCUUAAUCCUAACAAGUGGUAUCAGAGCAAUAUUAAGGACAUUGAGAGGAGUCUACAGAAGUGUGAAGACCCUUCUAGACCCACCAUGGCCUGUGGGUGUGCCUAAGUGGUGUUCUAAAGGUUGGAUGUGUCUUCCGCUAAGGGGAAACUCUGCCGAAAUUUCGUGGACGCCGACACUUGUGAAAAUAUCGAGGGAGCUGAGUGUGGACAGCAAAGGGGAGCUGAAACUCGUCAUUUCUCAAGGAGAAGAUGAAUGAGAGAGGAGGAGAUGCUAAUGGAAGAGGAGCUGUAGCUGAGAAGACAAGUGAGCCGCCGCCAUCAAAAGUUGAAGCUUUGGAUGGCUCCAACUAUGAGGAAUGGAGCGGACGGAUGAGGAGUGCCUUCAAACGCUACAAGCUACUGAAGAUUGCUGUUGGGGAAGAGAAGAUGCCGGAAGAAGGCGAAGCACGUGAACGGUGGAUUGAGAAAAGCGCGGUGCUUUUCGACCUCAUCCUUCAAUCGGUCAACAAGGAGAUCAGGCCGGAGGGAUGGGCACCUCCAGGCAUGAAGCCACCCAGUGGUGAACGCGCACAAGGUGGCGCUGUGCAAGGCUCAGGUGCACAAGGUGAAGGUGCACAAGGUAAUGCCUAUCCUGGUUUGUUUCUUAUGGUUGAGGAUGUGCAUGGGCAUGAGGGUGAUGUGGGAUCUGUGGGAAAGGUUGUGAUGCACCCUCUCACGCACUGGGUGAUUGAUUCGGGUUGCACCAGUCACAUGACCCCACGGGCAGAUUUGCUUGAUGAGGUAAAACCCCCUGGGAAGAUUAAGUAUGUGGCAGCUGCGUCAGGUGCUUUGCUCCCUGUCAUUGGUGUUGGGAAUGCCAAGGUUAAGGGAGCUAAUGGGGAGCUUGUGGGGCUUGGGAAUGUCCUGCUGGUUGAAGGUCUGUCUGCUAACCUUCUCUCUGUGCGACGACUGCAGAAGAGCAAGGCCGAAGUGACCUUUGGACCAACCAGCUGCCGUGCUAAGCUUGGGAAGAAGGUGCUGUGGAGUCUGGAAGAGGAGACCAGCUGCAUCAAGGACCUGUGGCAGCUGCCCAUCAUCCCUUGGAAUGGGAAGACUCCAACAGCAGCAACGGCAGCAGCGGCAAAGGCAACAGCACGAGGAGAUGCAACUGCACCAACUGAUGGGGUCCUGGAAGCAGUCAAGAAAGUGCAGAAGCAGCAGACACAUGGUGAGGUGCUUGCUGGUGUGGAUGCGAGUGCGGCAUGGGCUAAGGCUUCAUCAAGGAGUGGAGAGGCCGAUUGGGAGACAUGGCAUGAGAGGCUGUGUCAUGUGAACUUCCCUAUGCUACAGAAGUUGGUGAAGGAUGGGAGCCUGAAGGGCUUGGAGGUGAAAGGGGGAGUGAAGGAGAUUGGGAGCUGCCCUACAUGCUUGGAGACCAAGUUCUCCAAGUUCCCCUUCAACAGCACUACAGGACCAGCCAAGACCCCACUUGCACUUGUGCACAUGGAUGUGGUGGGGCCCACAAGAGCCCCUUCCCUCUCAGGCAGCCGCUAUUUCUUGACAAUUGUGGAUGACCACACUCGGGCAGUGUGGGUUUACCCUUUGAAGAGCAAGGGGGAGGUGGCAGCGGCUGUCCUUAAGGAGUGGAUGCCUAGAGCUCAGAGGGAAUGCGGAUACAAGGUGAAGGUGAUCCGCAGUGACAAUGGUGGGGAGUUCAUUGGAGCUGAUUUUGAGGGGGAGUUGAAGAGGAAGGGGAUCCAGCAUCAACUGACAGUGCCCUACAACCCGCAGCAGAAUGGCGUGGCUGAGAGGUUCAACAGGACCCUGCAGGAGGGGGCACGCACUCUCCUUGGGUGUGCAGGGCUGCCUGAUCCGUUUUGGGUGUCUGCACUGAGGCAGGUCGCCCUUGUGAAGAACAGGGUGCUGGCUACAGUUGGAGAUAAGGAGUGGAUCCCAUAUGUCAAGUGGUAUGGGAGUGCUCCAGCUGUGAACAUGCUGAGGGCAUUUGGGUGCAUGGUGGUGUUUCAUGUGCCUAAGGAGAAAAGGGGGAAGUUGGAGGCUUCUGGAAGAUGGGGUGUGCACUUGGGGAUUGCAAAGGAUCAAAAGGGGUGGCUGCUAUGGGACUUGACCACCCAGAAGUCGACAGUGUCAAGGGAUGUGAAGUUUCUUGAGUCCCUGUACUACAAGGAAUGGAAGCAGCAGCAACAGAAGCUUCCAUCUACACCACUCAUUGUGGAGGCAGAUGAGUUGCAGCAGCCUUCAAGGCAGGUGGAGGUUGCAGUGUCUGAGGAGGAGAUGUCUGGGGUGACUGAAGAAGGGGGAGCAGCUGAAGUGGAGCAGCAGCAGCAGCAACAUGAGUCUCCACCUCGAGUUCCACACCCGCCUGAGCGACCUAGGAGGGAUGUGCGCCCUCCUGUGAGGCUGACCUAUGGGGGAAGAGGCAAGCCAAAUGUGGUGCAGGCUGGGAGUGUGGUUGAGCAGAUUGAGGAAGAUGAGAUCGCUCACUGCUACUGGGCACCAAUCCCUGAGCCGAAGACUCGAGAGGAGGCCUUGAAUGGACCAAAUGGGGAGAAGUGGAAGGCGAGUGAGGAUGAGGAGUUCGGGUCCCUGAUUGAAAACGAGACAUGGGACAUGUGUGACUUGCCUCCUGGGAAGAAGGCAAUCACUUCCAAGAUGAUCUACAAGCACAAGUAUGGACCUGAAGGGGAGCUGACCCGCUACAAGUCUAGGCUUGUGGCACGGGGGUUUCAACAGACAAAGGGGAAGGACUAUGAUGAGGUGUUUGCUCCUGUGGGGAAAGGAACAACACUGAGGGCGCUGUUGGCUAUAGCUGCACUCCUGGGAUGGAAGAUACGGCAGAUGGACAUUGUGACUGCCUUUCUGAAUGGGAUCAUUCUGGAGGAGGUGUACAUGAAGCAGCCAGAGGGGCUGGAUGAUGGGAGCGGCAGGGUCUGCAGGCUGAAGAAGGCCAUCUAUGGCCUUAAGCAGGCGCCUCGUGCAUGGUAUCACAAGUUGGAGGAGGCGCUGCUGGCUGGGGGUUUCAAGAAGAGUGAGUGUGACCCCAGCCUGUUCCUGCUGCAGGAGAAGGACGAAAUCCUCAUGCUCUUGGUGUAUAUGGAUGAUAUCCUUCUCUUUUCUGCAUCAACUGCUUUGCUGGACAGCGCAGAGCAGAUGCUGGAGAUGCAGUUCAAGUGCUCCAAGAUGGGUGAGGUGAAGUACUACCUGGGGAUGCAUGUGGAGAGAGAUGUGGAAAAGGGUGUGCUGAGGUUGCACCAGAGGAAGUACUGUGAGGGGCUGGCUGAGAAGUAUGAGCAGCUGGAAGCGGCCAAGAGGUUGGUCCGCUAUGUGAGUGCUACGGCAUCAGUGGGAUUGGAGUACAGUGGAGUGAGGCAGCAGUUGCAGAGAGGUGCUGCAGAUGUGAAAAGUGAUGAGAUGCUCUUGAGUUGCUAUACUGACGCUAGCUUCAACUCAGUGAAAGCGGAUGGCACCAGCAUUGGGGGUUAUGUGUGCUUGCUAGGAGGUGGUGCUGUGAGCUGGCGCAGCAAGAAGCAGAAUGAGGUGGGAUUGUCCUCAUGUGAGACUGAGUACAUGGCCUUAUACCAUGGGGCCAAGGAAGUGGUCUGGCGGAGGCAGAUCAUUGGAAGGGCAUGAAGCUUGCUGGGAUGAGUGUGCAUUGAGUAUGCAUGCUUGAGAUGUGGUAUGGUGGAUGAUGGUUGGCAGCCAGAGGGGGAGAUUGUUGUGUGAUGUCAUCAUAUGCUAUCACAUUCUGUCUGCCUCCCAUCCCAUGUUUUCAACUUGCAUGUGUGGUUUGAAUGUGCAAGCAUUUGUGUGUGGUGUGUUCUGGAGUUUGGGAAUGUGUUCUGUGUUAUUUUUGUUUCAGUAGGUAUUUGUGAUAAUAGAUCUUGAGAAGAUCUUUCCGACGCAACGAGAAUCCCUUCAAUCGGAGCAAGAACGCGAAAGCUAUGAAGAUUCAAAGUUCAUAAGCUCGCGUUACAAUUGCGGCGGUUACUAAGUGAAGUUGUGGGGUGAAUUUAUAUGGAGUUGGGACCUUUGGGGUUGGGGAAACUUGUCACUCUACUGUAACAGCUGCAAAUAGGUUGGGAACAACCAAGCUAGGUUGGCAAGGGUGGCCAACUUGGAUGGAUUGGUUGGGAAGGGACAAAGGUCAAAGUUGAGGUUCCUAUAGGGAGGGAAUCUUUGUGCUUAUGGGGUUUCCUUGGUAGGGGACUCUCUUGAGACCUUCCCUCUCAUCUCUCUCUUCUAUCCCAACCUUUCUCUUGCUCCUUCUAAUUCCUUGUGAGAUUCUUGAACUU